AGUAACAUUUUAAGAAGGUUUAUGACUUUGUGACUGUGGUAACUAGUGAUUUUAUAACGUGCUUUUUCUCAAAGUUACCGGGAUGUCACGUGUCCUACUUAUAUCAAUACAAUCGUAACAACCGAAUCAUUACGAAACUUCGAUUCAAUCAAAUAAGUAACACGUAGCAAAUACGUCAUUAUAUUGUUAUGAACGAAUUUCGACACUCCACGACCUCCAUAUAAAAACCCAUCGCUUGACGACCGAAUACAAUUUUUAAAAAACCACCUGCUGGAGAAGACAGAUUUUGGCCCCAGUUAUGCCUCUUGCUUGGCCUUUUCCUCUUAUAAAAAGCGAUACAGCUUUUGUCAAAUUAACUAAAAAAUAUAUAUAUUUUAGGUAACUCCAUUCGUUUCCCCAACGUUAACCUGUUACGUCUACUCAAAACCCUUAUCUCCCUGUCACAUGGCAUGAAUAAGAUGCAUGUAGACAUGGGGGAGAUAGAAAAUGAACCAGUGCGACCGAAAAUUACUGAUGCCAAGGGUAUUCUCCAACAGAACCGCGAGUUCCUGGACUUCUUCUGGGAUAUCGCUAAACCUGAACAAGAGAUACGGCUGAAGGCCAUUGAAAAUCUCAUACAAUAUCUGAAGACUAGUGAAAAGACAGAUGAGUUGACAUACACCCUGAAGAGACUGGUGGAUGGCUUGGCACACACUAGAGAGGCUGCCCGGCCAGGCUUCAGUUUGGCUUUGGGACAGGUACUGAGCGUGUUUGAGGAGAUACCUCUGCGUACAGCCUUUGAUCAAAUCAAAGAGAAGCACAACUUGGCGAAAGUGAAAAAGAAACUCAUCAGAAAUGCUGCUUUUGGGAACUUCUUUGGUGUGCUCGCCCUGUCUCAGUCCACACGCCUUCCAAAGGAGCCUCAGGUGGUGCUGGAGUGUGUCCAGCUCCUCCAGAGCCUAUCGCAGUAUAGAGAACACCUGCGGGACCUGCCCAGGAAGACCAUGGUGGACAUCCUGUCUGAGACGUCAGAGGAGGUGUUUGAGGAGGUGCUGCUGGGAGCCCUGCAGACAGACCUGUCCUCUGCCUUCAGCACCCCUGAGCAGCUGCAGCUCCUCCUGGUGGCCAUGCAGAAGUUCCCCCAGGUGCUCAAGCCCAAGAAGCUGAAGAAGCUGCUGGGCACCUCCACCAUCAUAACCAUGGACAAUAUCCCUAAGUUGACAGAUGUACUGAAGAUGGCGGCCCGCUCAGUCAAGAAGGACCGCCUGCUGCCUGCGGUGGCUCUGGACCUGCUGCAGAUCUCUCUGAGGGAGGACAACUUUGAGCUCUUCUGGAGGGAGACCAUCAUUAACGGCAUGCUGAAAGACCAGCCGGGGCCCACACAUUACCUGAGCUACCGGCUGUUGGGUAGUGCCCUGCCCUUGUUGACCCUGGCCCAGCUGAAACAGGUGUUAAAUGGAGAGGUGAUGAGGACCUACGGGGAACACGUGGUCUCUGCCCAGCUCCCAGACCGCUUUAAGUUUGCCCCCGAGAUGGAGACGUACGUUGGCGACUUCCUGCAGGGCUGCGAUGACCCGGAGAAGCAGCUGGCGGUGAUGGUGGCCUUCUCCCUGCUCACAAACCAGGGCUACCCUGUGGUGCCCUCCUUCUGGAGGGUUGUGCAGCACCUGCAGCCGACCGCACUGCAGAGCUACGUGGACUGGCUCAAAGACAUGUUCCUCAACCCCCGGCUGGACAGCUGCCUGGACUUCAGCACCCGCAGGCAGAAGGAGAACCAGGAGGGCGGAAUCCAGAGAGAGAACUGUAUAUUCCGCCUGAGGAAGUGGAUCAUUCCACGCCUAACCUCCAUCGCCGAGAACAACCAGGUGAAGAGAGAGGAGGCUCUAGUGAUGGAUGUAGCCAGGUUUGUCUUUUUCCAUGCGUUCUUCAAUUCUAAGAAGGCCACCCCAGACAUACUUGAGACAGAAGCCACCCUGUCAGUGCCCCUGGAUGAGAAGACCAGAGCCAUCAUCAUAAACUCCUUCUUUGGAUUGCUGCAGCACAUCAACCACCUGCCUUUGCUGGGCGACUCCCCUGAGGUGGCAGCCCGCAACCAGAGGCACAUGCAGGGUGUGAUGGCUGACGGCUCCAUGUGGAUCUUCUGUCUGGUGCGGUACGCUGACACCCUGCUCAACCAGCCUAAGUACGUUAAGAGCACCCAGCCCUUCAGUCCUGAGCAGAGACAGGCCUGGGACAGUAUGCUGGCGUCAGUGGGGACUCUAAUGAAGAAAUCUAAGAAAGGCCAGACUCCAGAGACCUCUGCUUUCCAACAACUCUUCCUGCUGGUUGGCAUUCACCUCUUCAAGGCUCCAGAGGAUUUGGUAGACCUGAUGCAGGAUCUGCAGAACUGCAUGGAAAAAGCCCAAGAGAAGAAGUCCAAGAAGAAGAAGGCGGUAACCGGUUCUGCAGCAGCAGGAGAGGAGGAGCCCCACUGGGCUGAGGUGGUGGUGGACAUCCUGCUCUCACUCCUGUCCCAGCCCAGUAGACACAUCCGCCACGUCUGCAGGACUGUCUUCUCCAACAUCUGUCCCCACGUCACCGCCAGAGCCCUCACCAGCCUAGAGAAUACUGUUCUGGACCCAGAUAAAGAUGAGGAGGACAGUUCCAUCGUGGUGACGGAUGAUAAAGACUCUGACAAAAUAAAGAAGAAAGACAAAAAAAAGAGAGGCGAGGAUGAAGACGACGAAGAGAUGAAUGAGGAUGAGUCGGAUGCAUCAGACGACGACUCUGAUGAGGGUGAAGAUGAGGCCAUGGAGGAGGGGAGCGAGGUGGAUCAGAACUUCCGCAUUGAGCUGAUGAAGGUCCUACAGAACCAGGGUGCUCUGGCCACUGAAGAGGACGGCAGCGAUGAUUACGAGCUGGACGAUGAAGCCAUGAUGAAGCUGGACGGCAGCAUCGCAGGACUGUUCCUUGAACAGAAGAAGAAGAUGCAGGCCAAGAAGGAUGAGAAGGACAAGCUAAAAAAGGAAAAGACCCUCGUCAGAGACUUCAAGAUCAAGGUGCUGGACCUGGUGGAGGUGUUCCUGGCCAGGCAGGGCAGCAGCCCUCUGGUGCUGGGCAUGGUGGAGCCCCUGCUCAGCGUCAUCGAGAGCGGCAUGAGCUCCGAGAGCGACCAGCAGGAGCAGGACUUCCUCCGCAAGGCCGCAGACAUCUUCAAGAACCAGCUGUGCCGUGCCAAGCAGUACUGUAAGACCGUGGGCAACAGACAGGGGGAGCUCCACGACCUGCUGGAGAAACUCAUGACCAAAACCCAGAAGCUGUCUGACUCCUCAGUGUCACUCUACUUCUUCAGUGCAUCUCUGUACCUGGUCAAGGUGCUGAGAGGGGGGUGCCCGGGGCCUCAGCAGAUGCUGAGGUUCAUGGGUAACGUGGACGUGGAGAGGGUGUCGGCCAUCUUUAAAGGGGCGCUCUGCUCCUUCAUGACGCGCAGGAAAAGCCCUCUGUCAGGCCUAAUGUUUGUCGACCUCUUCACCCGCUUCCCUGUUCUGUGUGUAAACCUGUUGGUGACCGCAGUGGAACACAUCACAACAGGAGUCAGAGAACACCAACAGAGCCAGGCCAGUGCCAUGGUGCUGCGGGGGCUGCAGAGCAGGGAGGUACAGCAGCUGUUAGCAGGCAACCCCUGGGCAGGGCUGCUUCAGCAGGCGGUGGGCCGUGUGGCAGCGAGUCUGGAGACUGUAGUUGAGACUGGUAAGAACAAGGUGGUCCAGGAGAAGUUGGUCAAAGCCCUGGAGCUCAGUCUCUUCCUGGUUAAAACUGUCAACGAGCAGAAGCUGUCUGUGGAUCUGGAGCCCCUCGAAAAGGUUAUUCAGUCCAUGAGAGAGGUUCUGGGCUUCAGGAAGACUGGACAGAUGGAGGACACCUACUGGGCUGUUAUGAAACAUUUUGGAGUCAUAAAGCCCAAAAGGGACAGAACCAGGAAAACCAAAGACCAGGCUGAGCCGACCGCUCCCAAGAAGAAGAAAGGAUUCCUGCCGGAGACCAAGAAGAGAAAGAACCGCAAGAAGCAACUGCCUGUCUCUGAGCAGGGGGCAGCAGAUGCCAACACAGUCCCCUUGGGGAAACCAGAGGGAGGAAAGAAGAAAAUAAACAAAAUCAAGAGGAAACUACCAGGAGGAGGAGAGACACCUGUACAGGGUCCGACCAAGAAGGCCAAGACGACAUAGCCUGAAGGCAAACAGAAGAAGGGAGGCAGAGGAGAAUAAAGUGGACUAUAUGUGUGUACUUAGGCCAGAGAGAGAGAGAGAGCCUGUGGUUGUGAAGAUGGGGUCUCAUGCUCUGGUUUUGUAACUUUGCUCUACGAAGAGCUAUUGAUAUCCUUUUCAUACAAAGGAAGGGCGAGGUUUGUUUGUGGUCUUAGGCUGUAUGUUCCCUUUGCGUCCCUACUCCAUCCCAACACACCAGUGUGAAUCUUAUGCAAAAUUCUGGAGUGUUCAUAAGCCUCUGAACUGAUAAGUAUUCAAAUAAUAAUUGGUCAUUGCGUUGUCUAUGCGCCAUUUUCCUUGCAUGCGUUCUCUGCGAACAAGGGAGCAUAGUCAGCUUGAAUCCAGGCCUUGGGGAUUAUGCUAGUAGACCUCAAGCCGAUUGAAUGUGUUGCACAUGGUGAAAUAACACUGCUUUUAUUGAUAUUAAACAUGUUACAUUAUGGCAAGUCACACAACAGAAUCUGAGACUGUUGAUCUUUCUUAGUAAUUCUGCUAAAACAGGGUUCCAUCUCAAUGUAGGCAGAUGGAGAUUCUCUGGUCGGUCCUGUUUGUCCUCAGUACACUGUUGAAGAGACUGGAAGGGAAAGAGUGGUCCAAUGAGGAAUUGUCUGCGUUGCACCCAUAGAGAAACUCAUCUUUAUCUGUCCCAUUAGUCUUUUUUAAAUUUAACCUUUACCUUGGCAAGCCGGUUAAGAACAAAUUCUUAUUUACAAUGACAGCCUACCAAAAGGCCACGGGAUUAAAAAUACAUGACCUAAGGCAACUGCCAACACCAUUGAGGCAAUCCAUUUUAAAAUAGCACGAUUGGCUGAGCCCUCCGCCAAUGAAGUUGGAAGUCCCAUUAUCUAUGGUUGAAUCUCAGAAGGUAAAGGGACAAUACACUCCCAAAUUUAACUUAUUUUUAGACCUCUAUGAUGAGUCCAUGUCCCAAGCAAUAAGUUGUGUAGACCCUGCCAUUUAAUUUAUUAUUUCAACCUUUAUUUAACUAGGCAAGUCAGUUAAGAAUAAAUUCUUAUUUUCAAUGAUGGGUUAACUGCCUUGUUCAGGGGCAGAACGACAGAUUUUUAUCUUGCCACCUUUCGGUUACUCGUCCAACGCUCAAACCACUAGGCUACCUGCCGCCCCAACCCAAAUAAAUUCAAAGACACGUACAACAAAUCUGGAAAUACCAUGGUGCUUUUCCAUUCAUUUUAGCUUGUGGAUGGCCUGUGACAUGGACUUAUCUUGACAUUGUGAUAUUUUGGAGUGUGAUAUUCCUUUAAGAUGGCGCCAGUAAUAGUAUCGUUUUAAAGGAGGCAUUACAGAUAAAAGUAAAACUAGUUCAUAGAGAUGGGAGCUGUACUCACGUCCACUGCUGCUCAGGCUGGAGGACAUGUAGCUGCUCCCGCCUCCGAAGGACCCCCCGCCUCCGAAGGAUCCCCCGCCUCCGAAAGACCCUCCACCUCCUCCUAACCCCAGACCUCCUCCAAAACCUCCAAAGCCACUGCCCAGACCCCCUCCAAAGCCUCCUCCUAGGCCUCCGCCUAUUCUGUAGCCACCGCCCAGACCCAUGCCGCCGCCGCCUCCUCCUCCUCCCAGACCCAUGCCGCCGCCGCCUCCUCCUCCUCCCAGACCCAGACCCAUGCCGCCGCCGCCGCCGCCGCCUCCUCCUCCCAGGGCCAGGCCAGCCCCACCUCCCCCUCCUCCAAUGGCAGUCUUAGACAUGUGCACGGUCACGCCGCCUCCUGACCUCAGUCUGAAACCAUAUUCAUCACAAAUACAUGACUAUCAUAGAGACGGGCGUAGAACUUCAGAGAGCAUCAAUCAGCACUUAUAUGGGUGAACAUCUGGAUGAUGUAUGAGACCCUACUCUCUUACCUGCUCUCCUCGCUGUCCAGAAGCUUCUUGUAUGCAGUGAUCUCAACAUCUAGAGACAUUUUACUGGCCAGGAGUUCCUGGUACUCUUGACCAUAGUGUGUUAUUUGCUGUAAGAAGAGCAUGAUUCAUGGGUUAUGCUGCACCUAGAAACUGCAUGUGAAAGUGGCUCAUAGGAGUUGUAUUUUUUACUGGUGUAUACUUGUGGAGGACUCUGUACCCCAUCCUUACCUUUCUGAUGUCAUCCAGCUGCAACUUGAGGGUCAGCACCUGCUCCUGAUAGGUCUCUGUGUGGGAGCUGGAGUGGGACUCUGCCUCAUCCACCUGAGAUUCCAUCUGGAUGUUCUACAACGGGAGAGAUCAGUCCUGCGUAUUAAAAUACUGUGGCGAGCAUUAGGUUGUCAGGAGAUAGGAGUGGGAUACUUACCCUCAUACUGUCAUUUAUGAAAUCAAUGAAACAUUUUAUUUGAUGCUGUAUAAUUUCAGGGUAGACAAGGUCAUGUUCCUACCAGGGUCUUGAGUCUGUCGAUCUCCCUCUGUACUGAGUCGAUCUGCAGUUUGUACAUGCGCAGCUCCUCUUUGGUUUGGGUCAGAGUCUGGGUACUGGGCUGGGAUGUCAUGGACAUCAUGGAGAGCUGGGGUUUGAAAUAAGAAAAAGGAGGUUACAUUUUCAUGGUGCCUUCACUAGUCUUAGUCUACGCAAACUUGAGAAAUAAACAUAAGAUUUGGGGUUGGAUGCUGGAAGGCAAUGUAGGCUAAAAUAGUGUAUUCUGAGUGCAAUGCUAAGAACAUCCACUUGGGGGAGACUGCAACACAGAUAAGAAUGAGAGAUAAUGAAUGUUAUGGUGUUUGCAAAACAAGUAAUCAUUUUUGCAACUAGUUAUCGUUAGAUAAUGCCUGACAGACUUGAGAUGAUUAUGUUAAUACAAUGUAAAGUUGAUGGGCCAAUAGACUGGUUGACAAAAUGCAGACUAGAUACUGUCGGUCGCUGAAGGGAACAUACACUGUCCUGCACAGAAACAAGGGCGUCCUGCUUGCUGCGCUGGGCCAGGGCUUCAUAGUGGGACUUGACGUCCGACAGGGCAGAGGUCAGGUCCUGGGCUUGGGCUGCGUUGUCCACCGAGAUGGAGAAGGCUGACCUCACACUGCCCGUCAUGAUGUUCCUCACCUCCUUCACUUUCUACAACACAAAGCAAAUGUGUUAUGUCUAAUGUGCAAUUGUUUUAGUCUUCCUUGUGGCUAUGGCAACAUAAUACAGCUUUUAAAAUA